CAAAGAAAGCGAGGCCAAGAUUUUAUUUAUUUAUUUUUUUACUAAAAUGAUUCAAACCUUUGUGGCUUUACUAAAUUCACAUAUCUUGAAAGUCAGACAUUUUCUAAAUAUUUUGUUCUUAAAUUGCAACAAAAUAUGUUCCCACAUCUUAUUUAGGUCAUUUCUUUGGUUUUCUAAUGAAAUCCAAAUAUGCCUUUGUGGUUCUCUUGAAUAGAAAGUCUUUUGUCCCAGAAAAGGCAGGAUGCCAAAUGUCAGAGCUCAUUAUAUUUGAUUUUUUUGGGGGGUGCUGAAAGUGUUUAUUCUCAAAUUAAGCAUUUUAAGCAGUUUAUCAUUUAUUACUGUGUUUUUUUCCUUGGACUUCUUUAUUGUUUCCGUUCUCAUGGUUCAGUUAUCAAUGUUGCAGUGUUUCGCUAAUAUCUUAUUUAAAUAGCUUAUUUAAGAAAAUGCUAAAGGUGCAAACAGAUUUCAAAAUAGUACUAUUUAAAUCCUGGACACAUUAUUCAUGUUUAUUGUUGGGGAAUACUUUUGCAACACAUUUAUGUGUGUCUGCGUUUCAUCCACCUCCGUAGAAUUUCAGUGGAAGUCAAAACAUUCUCAUGUAUGGUCACAGGUUUUGGACCAAGAUCAGCACUUGUGAAAGUUUUCUGGAAAAGAAAAUGGUGGGGUGGGGGGCUCAUGUAUACACUUUCAGUCUUACAGCAUUAAGCUGUGAAAAAGAUAAGCAGCAUUCUUAAACAAGCAGGAACAUGUGUGAUUGAAGCACCUUUUAUAGGCAAAGGGUUUAACUUGGCAUCAGGUAUGAUUUUUUGUUAACUCUUUCUGAGGCAUGGUGAUCAUUUCUGCAGACAGGACUAUCCAGAGAGCUAUGAGUAUGCACUACAUGUACAUGAAACUGAUGUUUACAUGAUUACAGAUUUCUUUUAUCAAUAAGUGCAAUCAGUCAGUCUGUAGAUUGACAGUAAUCCUGUAAGAAAUUGAUAGUGGUUUCGGAGCAGUGCAGUUCAUGGGGUGGAGCUGCAACAGAGCCUCAGCCAACCACACUGAGAGAGAAGAAGCUGCUUGUGGUUCUUUUCCCAGUACUGUUCUUCAGUGAAAGUGUCAGUCGGAUCCUCACAGAUCUAAAUGUGAGCAUCAGUCUUUAGCAGACCUUAGAAGGACUUUUACCAGACCAAAGAUCUACGAUGACUAAGCCGUGUCUGAACUUCACGGUUACUGUUGAAUGCAACUGCUCAGUCGGUGCCUUCAAGCGCAGUGUCUACCCAGCUGCCUACCUAUCUAUCUUCCUCCUGGGACUGACUGCCAACCUCGUCUCACUAUGUUUCUUCAUCGGAGUGAGGAGGACGAUGAAGUCCUUCAGCCCGGUUAACCUCUUCAUGCUAAACCUCCUGAUUUCUGACCUGAUGUUGGUGUGUUCACUGCCCUUUCGAGCGGUCUACUAUCUCAUGAACUCCCAUUGGAUCUUUGGAGAUGUUGUUUGUCGCUUCAUGGGUUUCGUGUUCUACAUCAACCUGUAUGGGAGCGUUUAUUUUCUAAUGGUGCUCAGCAUAGUUCGCUUUGUGGCAAUUAUUAAACCAUACACCUAUAUGUACCUACAGAAUAGUCGAGGAGCUGUGGUGGUAUGCGUCUUCGUGUGGCUGUUUGUGUCUUUGGCCUCGAUCCCUCUUUUAGAUGCCGGGACAAGUCAGGAUGCAUCUGGCCAUAUCAAAUGUCUGGAGCUAGACCCUUCUUUGGUGAAAACCAUUAUCACUCUGAACAAAGGCGCUUUGGGCAUGGGCUUUGUCUUGCCCUUUACUGUCAUCUCCUUCUGUUACAUAAUUGUGGCUGGCAAACUUUACCAUCUCAAGAGGGUGCAAGGCAAAAAAGCACCGCACUACAAAAAGUCCUGCGCACUGGUGGUCAUUGUCCUUCUCAUUUUUCUUGUAUGUUUUUUGCCCUACCAUGUAGUGCGCACUGUCUUUCUGGAUGCUGAAAGAGUGGUCAAUGACAAAGGUUAUGGGGAUUCUUGCCAGCGCAUUGCACGUAUAAGGAAGGCUGCAGUGGUCACGCUCUGCCUGGCUGCGUGCAACAGCUGCUUGGACCCUUUGCUCUACUUCUUCGUUGGAGAAAACUUCUGGAGCUACUGGCAGAAAAAGAGAAGACGGACCAAUAGCAGAAGAAUCAACCACAGAAAAAAACAACUGAAAAAGACAGUAAGGGCAGAGAUUCCAGACGCUGGUGCUCAGAAUGACAGCUAACAAACGACAUCCAAGUGUGUUAGAGAUGUGCUUGGACUUGCAGUAAAGGUCGCAGUGAAAGAUCUGAGCCUUGUGUAAAUAUUUAUGCAGAUUUUUAGAAAGUGACAGUUAUGUUUUUUUUUUUUUAGUGAAGGCAUCCUAGUUAUAGGACUGUACAUGUUCAAACAUUUUUUUUUUGGUUACUAAAUAGUGCAUCUUGGCAGUCGAUGAAAUAUGGGUUCAAUUAAAACUGUAACAUAACGCCAAACAAAACAGUAGACUGGAUAAACCUGUCUGCACAUGAUGUAUCUGCAUUUUGUACCCACCAGCAUUGAAUAUGCCGUUUUAUAAAACUUUUUUCGAAUCUAUGUAAAUUCUAUAUAGUGCAUAGCUUUUUUAUGCAGUACUAUAGUAUAUUGAAACAGUAUAGAACUUGUAGUUAAGCAAAUUGCUUUGUAUUAUUUGUAAGUGCUUUGUAUUAGUUGCUUUUUUCACUGCUCUUUGAUAAUGAGAGAACGAAUCCAUUACAAUGGAUUGUAUAUAUUAUUUUUUUUUUUAAAGGUCUCAUUCAAUCGUUUUUUUCAUUCAUUUUAAAAUGUGUAGUUGUGGUCUCUAGUAUGAAUGAAUCACAUGUGAGCUGUUUUCUGUGAAAAAAAGUGCUCCGGUGAUCCUGUAUAAUGCUGCUUUAGUCCUGUGGAGGAAUGGGGAGAGGAAUAUUCAUACAUGCAAAUAUAUCACCUCUGAUUGGCUAACAGCACUGCGAGGCUGUGAGAUGAACAACAGUUAGAAACAAUGUAAAAUAAAGACAUUUUUACACUAA